UUCGUCUGCCGCCAGAGCCAUCUAGUGGCGGUCGGAGUCACUAACGUGAUAAACAAUUUGAAACAACUUAAUGAUUUUGCUAAGAAUCUCGCCGUCAGGUCACCCUCCCGCCGCAUCUCCUCUUCAGCCGAAUGUGCUUUCCGAGUGCCGGGACAUCCAGGAACCUCAAGAGACGUAGAGGGAGUCGGGCGGCGGAAGGGAAGAGGCCCCUGGAGGCAAGAAGUGUAGUGGGUGCUCGUUGUUUGUUUGGUGUGGGUACAUGCGUGUGGUGUUGGUGUCGUCGGGGUAGGUUGCAACAUUCAAUGUCAUCCUCCUCCUCCGCCAGUAUUUCCGUGUCAUGACAGGUACGGGAGGAGGCCUUUAUGUACCCUAGAAUCGCGUUAUGUACCGGUCCACCUGCGAAUCGGGGCCCACCCGCAAGGCUCACCUCGACGCCCCCCGAGGAGGCGAAGGAGAGGAAGAAGACGACGUCGACGUCGACUGCGGCGGCGGCAGUGAGGAAGGAGACUCCUCCAAGGAGAAUUCGGUAGUGGACGGGAAUCACCCGCGGACGGCGUCCAAGACACCAGGGGGCUCACCCAGUGCUGGUGGAGGCAGGUCCCCUUGGGGUCACACCCUCACCCCCAAGGGCGGGUCGGCUGGUCAUCACAACAGAGUCAUGUCGGGUGUGUCCCUCGACCUGACCAACAGGCCGGUCAUGCCCUCCAGCCCCAGCAUGUCCGUCUCACCGGGGAAGCAGGCGGUCCCUUGGAACGACCUCAGCUUUGCUGCGGAAGUCUUAAGUCCCGGUUUUACGGGACGUGUUGUAAGGGCUGCGCACGUCACCAGUCCAAGGAUUGUCCGUGAGGGUCGUCGACAGUAUCCAACAGCCCAGGAACGAUACGUCAGAGCUGGUGUAAUUCCAAACGUGCGGCUCAGUGGGCGUUCUAAAGCUGUAUUAACGCCCAAGAGAACUCCGACAUCUCCUCUGAUUCCUUUAAGUCGAUCGCCCUCAACUUUCUCUUCGUCCCUCGCGUCGGAUUUCCUUGCAAAUUCACCUUGCAGGAUGCCUGACAUACGGUCAGUCGCCUCCGUGUUGGAGCGUUACACAAGUAGUGAGUGCGUGAGGGACCCCACAAGUGUUCAAGCUGUUGUUGCAGCACUUCAGCAAGCUCAGGCAGGAAAGGGAGUGAAGCGAGGAUCGUGCUACAUGGAAGCGGAAGACCUUAGCAAGAGACAGAGGUGUAGUACACCUGGAGCCAGUAGUGGCAGUGCUGGGACAACUGCCAUGCCUGUGAAUUACUCAAGGGAUUACUUAGAGGAUAGUCAGAAUCAGGCUGGGAAUGGCCACACGAGCGGAGGGAACGGAGGGGAGAAGCGCGCUUUAGAUUUAAGUCCUUCGCAGGGAAGCUCACAGCAGAUUAGUCCCGAGAACAAACGUCGAUGUGUGUUGGAUCCCAUGCACGCAUCUCUGUCGUCGUCAAAAUACCUGGAUUUUUCAAGGUUACAGGGAAGUGGUCGAGAUACUCCGUAUUCCAUGUAUGAAUCUAGACACGAUACGGACUCAGAGAGCAACAGGAGUGUCGAUUCUGGCCAGUCAAAAGCUUCAGAGCAAUCCUUACACCAGCAGACAAGUGAGGCUACCGGAGGAGACAGCUGUGUAGUUAGCCCAGGCCCCUCCGAGAGGGACCUUUCCGAUCGUUCUGGGUCUCACACCCCACAAAGCACAAGGGGAGAGAGUUGGAACGUGUUGUGGGUGGGGGCAAUGGGGGCUGCCAACACAUCGCGUACAUCCACUCCACGAAAUCCGACGCCUCCCCAUCACAAUCACGUCAUAACUUUAGAAGCGUACAAAGCAGAGAAAACCAAGAGUCAACAGAGAUUAAAGAAAAUGCUUGGUAUGCUCUUUCAUGUUAAUGAAAUUGAAGAGACUGCAUCAUCGAAGUCUGGAAGUUCAACUCCAGUUACAAGUGUGUCUAGCACCAAAGUUGCUUCUGCUGAAGUUGCUACAACCCCAACAACCUCAGCACUGUCAUCUCUGGUUUCCAUAUUGGAUGAUAAAGUGUCAUCCAAAACAAGUAUUGAAAGCAGUACUACGUCAUCCUCCACUACUGUUGCGACAGUCACACCAGCUGAAACCAGCAAAAACGAAGUGACAACUACAUUUACCUUCUCUUUGAAACCAGCUUCAUCAGUAUCAACGCCUAGUGCAGAGAAACCAACAGGGGAGCCAGAGGAGAAAGAAAAGGAAUCUGGUUCAAUAGAACCAGUGGAAAGCAAUGAAGUAUCAGUUAAUGCAGUGAUAAAGCUUCCUUCAGUUGUGGUAAGUGAAGCAGAACAGCCCUGUACUGAUGAUUCAUCUAAUACUUCACCACCUGCUGAACCUCCUGUAUCAGUGGCUGAAAUUGUUAAGAAACCCUCAACCUUAGUUGAUUUUCUUAAAAGUACAGCACCACCUAAGACAUCUUCAGGAGUCAGUGACACUCUUGCAGCAAAUCCACUUCUCCAAAGUCAGUUGUCUAUGCCAUCUCAGAUCUCUGUCACACCUGCAGCCCCUGUAAGUGAAACAAGUCCUUUAUUAUAUAUUCCAACUUUACCUGCCACUACCACCGCUACCCCCACCCCUAGUGGACAAAUCAGUUUAGGAGCAUUUGCCCCAGCUAAAACACCAGAUACAUCCUGCAGCCCAACAUCAGCUGGCUUCACUUUCUCAGCAUCAUCAAAUACAAAGGUACCCUCUCUCUUUAGUUUUGGUGUGUCCUCAUCUGCUACCCCACAGUCUGACAGUAUGAGUGCUACGUCUGUGUCCAAACCAUCUUUAUCGCCUUUUGUUUUUGGUCCCGGGAGUACAGAGAAGUUGCCGAGCACAUCACUGGCCGCUACGUCAGCACCAUCAGUUACCAGCAGCAGUGUAAAUACAUCAGGUGGAUUGGCUUCCGCCUUCAUAUUUGGCAGGACACCUGUUACAAGUAGUGAACCAAGAAUUCCACCUCUUGCAAGUAGUGAACCAAGAAUUCCACCUGUUGCAAGUAGUGAUCCAAGAAUUCCACCAGCUUUGCCAUCAACAGCUGUGCCAACUGUCCCUAGCUUUACCAUCCCUAGUGCCACUACAUCAUCACAGGGUGGUAUUUUUACUUUUGGUUCGGUAAAAACGACAGCUGCAGUCCCAGAGUCUACUCCAAGUAUCUCCACUGUUGGUAAUUCUGGCCAGACUACUUCCACUCCAGGCAUGAUGUUUACAUUUGGGGCAAGCACCCAAGGACCCACUAAAACUUCAGCCCCAACUAUCUCGACUCAGCAAGUAAGCAACCCACAAGUGUUGCCAUUUAAAGAUACAACACUAGUUACAUCAUCUGCAACCGCUGGCUUUUCUUUUGGUGCUCCAUCAGGAGGAACUUCAACUUCCACUGGAGCAUUAACACAAAAUGUUGUCUCACCUUCAUCCGUUGCUUCAACUCUUCAGCCUGGUACAUUUACCUUUGGUCAGCCAGCAACUUCUCAGGCAGCCCCAUUAACUACUUCUUCAUCUGGAUUUAAUUUUUCAUCUACUCUUCAGACUACUGGAGCACCAUCAGUCUUCCAGUUUGGAACAACCACUGCUUCACAGGAGAGUAAAGCUCCAACUCCCUCUAAUCAGCUUUUCCCACCACCAGCUGUUGUAAGUUCUCAGGGCAGCGUGACUUCGUCGCCGUCACCAUUUACUUUUGGGUCAUCUGGAACCGGCACCUCGGCAGCCUCUCCAUUUUCCUUUGGUGCUCCCAAAACUGAUAAUCCUGCUCCACCAACUUUUGGAAGCAGUGCAGAUUCUUCUCUGAAGCCAGUAACACAAUCUGGCUUUACUUUUAGCACUACUCCAGCAGCCACAACCAAUAAUACCUUUAGCGCUGUCACCCCCUCAUCAACUUCUAAUGCUUUUAGUUCCACAACCAACACUUCCACUGCUUCUUCCACAGGCUUUAAUUUUGGGGCAGCAGCAUCCAGUGGGUUUUCAUUUGGUAAUUCUACAAAGCCACCAACAACUACCACAGCUGCAAGUGUGAGCCCAUUCUCAUUUGGUAGCACUGCUGCAAACAAGACCAACUUUGGUGCGCCAACAACUACGACAGCGUCACCUUUCAGCUUUGCUCCCAAUACAGGAGCGGCACCACCUACAUUUGGUUCCAAUCCUCCUCCCGGAUUUGGUGCUCCUCCAACAACCAGCACUGCAACCUUUGGAACUGCAACACCAAGUUUUGGUAGCAGCACAAGUAGUACCACUGCACCAUUCCCUACUAACAAUGGCUUUGGGUCCACUUCAACCAAUCCAUCUUUUGGGUCCUCAUUUACAACGGGAGGAAGCAGUACCCAGCCAGGCACCACUACAACCCCUUUUGGUGCACAAGGUGGAAGCUUGACAUUUGGAACCCCAAGCAACGCGCCUAGUUUUGGAGCAGCGUCAGGUACUGCUGCUCCAGCCGCCCCGGCAUUUGGAGGGCCCAGUGCUACUCCAGCUGCGCCAACCUUUGGUGCGCCAACUAAUGGUACGCCUACAUUUGGUAAUAAUUCUACAACUGCAGCCUCUGCUACCUUUGGUGCGACGCAGACGCCUUCCUUUGGUUCGUCAUUCGGUGCUGCUUCGACGAGCACUGGAAACAACACUGCUACUUCCCCUUUCCAGUUUGGGCAAAGCACGGCGAGCCCUGCGCCAACCUUUGGCUUAGGUGGAGGAUCUGCCGCAGGAGGUGGAGUGUUCCAGUUUGGUACUGGAAAUGCUCCAGCUUCACCAUUUAAUGCAGGGGUGUUAAAUUUUGGUGUACCAUCUAUGCCGGGGGAGGCCCAAAACGUUUUCAAUGUGGUUGUCUCGAGAGCUUGGCACAACAGCAGAUCUUCAUGCACAGAUUCAUCUGACACAUAUCGUACAAACACAAGGAGGACAGCUAACCCGGCAACAUCGGUUGAUUCAUCAAACUGAAUGGAAACCCUGGUGCAGGAUCACGGCGACCUCGAAACCGUCCGUCAAGACGUCAUCGGUAAGAGAGUGAGUGUCGAACCCUCACACUGGCAAGAGUCUUGGUGGUCAGAUUUGUCAACGUUUAUUACAAAAUUGUGCUGCUGGAGGUGGUCAUCAUCCAUUCAAGUUCCUCUCCUUGUCUGAACGGUGACAUCUUUGUGUUGGAGUGACCACCUUUCAAGAUUUGGGGUCAUCACUGCACUGAUGAGUAUACUGGUUCUCUAAAGAGGAUUUUAUCAUUUUUUAAGUGUUCAGCAAGUUUUAGUUUUUGAUUCCUGUCAGAGAAGAGUACUGUAUUUACUGAUUAUUCACUGGAAGAGUAGUUUGUGUGAUAUCAACAAUCUUCAGUGAUAUAAAGGAGUCAUGUUUGUAGUGUUUCUCUUUGAAAAACUGGAAGGUAAUUUGUUUAAAAAUUUUUUUUAUAUUUUUACACUAGAUUAUGGAAACAUGAAAUGGGGUCAUAUCAUAUUUUCAUCCCCAUGUAGUAAACGUAGAAUGUUUGAAACUAUUCUCUUGAUAGAUCACUUUUUGGUCAAAUAAUUGUUUUUGCACGAAAGGAUUCAAGGUUAGGAUGUGGGACCUCCUAUGUGAUUUUCAAGAAUCAGAAAUGUAAAAGCCAGUUUUGCUCUGAUACUAAGAAAUGUAUACAUUUGUGAAUACGGUACUUCUACCUCAGUGUGUUUUUGUUUCUUUGAACUUUAUGGAUGACACAUUCAUGAUUUAGAGACGAGUAAAAUUCAUACUGUUAUCUGUCAGUGUAGAGGCCAAAAGUCAACCCUGUACCUCUAAGUAGUCCAGGCUCAAAGGGAAAAAUCUCAUGGAUGUUAUGUCUGGUUAUAGUGACAUUAUGUUUUGUGCGUUAGGUCUUCUCAGUGUGGUUCAUUUUGUCCUAAGAUGGUGGUCUCGAAAAUUUUAUGUUCCAUCAGUCGAUAGUAUGUCUUCCCUUUGGUACCAAUGUGGCACUCAAUAGAUGGAACUAAAAGUUCUUUGAUGUGUCUUAUCAGCCCAGCUCCAGUGGUUUCUGCCUUGUACUCAUCGCCCUCUCCUUUUGGAUUCAUCUUACUUAGCUGUGAAAUUUCUUAAACUUGACUGGUUCAUUUUCAGUUAUCAUUUAAGAACAAAUCCUUUGAGCAAGUUGUGAAAGUCUGGCAGUAUGGCUGGGGAGAUCAGCUUUUUCAGAGCCUCUGGCUUCUUAGUUUUAGUGCUUGGUGUCAGUGUUUAAGUUGUCACUUUUAGAAAAGUAUGACCAUGCACUAGACAGUACUGUACUCUGUUACUGGUUUUCAUUACCUAAAUGCAAUCUCUUCUCAGCAGUUAGGUUUUGGGUUUUUAUUUUGGGCAUUAUUGAAGUAAUAUCCUUGCUGGAAGUGCAGUACUAUAUAUAAAAACACAACUUUGUGAAUCCUGUGAGUGUAGCAGGUAAGAUGCUAUUAGGCAGUGUCCCCCACCAAUUUUGAACAUCGCAACAUCCAAAACCAGUUACUGAAGCUAUUUUAAACCUAUGGGUCUACUCCCUGCAGUGGCCCUGUUGUAACUAGUGUUGACAGUUCUUCAUCUUGGUUGCUCUCUUACCAGUUUUAACCCCAAAUAUUUUGAACCAACCACUUUGGUUAAGGGGCCCAGCCAGUUUAUAGAAGUACAGUAUAUCAGUGUUUAUUGGGAAAUGGCUUUAGAAUUUAUACUUAGAGUGUGACACACUAUUUACAUCAGUGUUAGUAAAUGAUGAACACAGUAUACAAAUUAUAAAAGAAAUUGUUAACAGUUUGAUUGUCUAUAAGCUUUGAAAUAUGGUCUUCUCAGUUGGUGUGGCCUGCCAUGACCGGAUGCAUCACAAUCUUACUUCAACCAAAUUAUUUUGUAUUACUGUGUUAUGCAACUGCUCUCUAGAAUGAUUUUGUAAAAGGAAUAUGAAAGUAAAUGAAGGAAAGAUGUGAGCACUGGAAUUUCACAGAGACCCUUUGCAUUGCAAGGCAGUAGAAGCAAUGAUGAUGAUGAUGAAUAAUUAAGCUACAUUCAUUUAUCCUGUCUAGAUCCAGAACUUAGUUCCAUAACAGGUUCAUCAUGUUCAGUGUUCUGGUCAAUUAAACACAUCCAACUUACCUUCUCACUUGCUGGUGUAGAGCAGUCUUUCUUCCUGAGUUUGCUGUCGUCCAAUUUUCACAUCUUGUCAUUUAUGCAACCCUAUGUAGCAUGUGUCCAUUCCUAAUAUUGAUCACUGUUGCCAUCUUAGUAACUUAGAUUUAAAUGGAUCUUGUGUGCCUCAUAAGAAAUAGCUAAUUUCUGCAAAGCAAUAGUUUUAAUCAGGUGGGCAGACAAAUGGGCAAUUCGCCUUUCCCCGCAGCUUGAACUAUGCCACCAACAUUGGUAGUGCAUCACAGUGUGCUCAAAACUACUGUGUACGAAGUCCAUACAUCAUUUGAUUGCAAUUUUAAAAUUAACCACUUGCCUUGUCAUUAUACAUUAGCACCCACAUAUGUACGUUCGUGGAUAAUGAAAAACCUGCAUGUUUUUGGAGCCCUCUCGGUGGCGUCAAAAGUUCCUCUUUUUAUAUUGCUAAAAAGAUAGUGUCCAGACCUUGAUAUGUCAGAAUUUUGCAACAGUUCGCCAAUGGAUUAAUAUUGAUUUUCAUAAAGGGUAGUGUGUAACACACCACUUUGAAAUGUUUCCACAAUGUUUUGGCCACUUCAUUUGAUGAUGAUAAUAUUUUUUCCAAGUACUACGAUGGUAGAGGUCUCUACAAUGCUAUAAUGAACAGUAUGUAAUUAACAUUUGCAGGCAUUACACCCUGAUACAAUAAGUUAAGGACGUAUAUUUAUAAUAUUUUUGUUCAUUGCUGCUCUUGUAAGUUUUUUUAUUUAAUUAGUAUGAAACUAACAGUGAUACUGUAUUGUCAAAAGAACUGUCAUGAUAAUUUAUGUAGGAUCUAUAUGCUUCCGCUCUCUGAAGGGAAUAAUAGUUUUUUACUUGUGUAUAUAUCUCUUGUUUUGAGAGAGAAUUAAAGUUCUGUGAAUUUGUCAUCUACAUAACGAAGUAUAUCUUUUCUUGCUGUGGAAGGAAUUGCAAUAGUUAUAGUUAACUCUACUGUCUUAAAUAUGAAUUAUCAGUGAAGACAAUUUUUUUUAUAGAUUUAAGGUUUAUGUAUAUUUUAGAACAUCAAAGAAACAGUUACUAUAUUUAAUAUCCGAGAAAUUGCUUGUAUACUUAUUCUCCCACAACAGCAGGUGUUAAACAGUACUCAAUAGUGUGAUUAUAAUUGAACUUUUAACAUGUACUGCUCCAUCAUUAAAUUGAAUACACUCACUAAUCUCGUAGAUGUGUAUUCUGCACCUGCGUUUCAGGUCUUGCACUGUUAACUCAAAGUAACUGUGCCUUUGCAUGGCUAUUUGCAAAAGUGAAAAACAGCAGAAAAGAACGGCAAGUAAAACAUCCUUUCUUCGUACCUCGGCAUUCUGAUGGGUCUUUCUUUGCUGGUGUGUCUUUAAGGAGAUGCUUUUUGUUUUGACAAAGUGUUUGAACACGACAGAAAAGUAAGGCGGAGCAAUGUGACCUACCUUUAUUCUUCAGCCUCCUCAUGUUUCAAUUUUCAUGUGUCCUGGAGAGCUCUCCUUUUCUGUAAACAAAAAGGAUUGCUCUUGGAUUAGCAAAUGCUUUUUCCCCUUUGUCAGGUUUCUUCCUGUUGAAGAUCCUCUUAUAUAUUGAACUAUUGGUGGUUGUCGAGAUGGGUCAUACUGUGUAGUAAGUGUACAUAAUAUCUUCCCUUAACUAUUUUAAAUAUUUUUAUUGUAAAGCCGUUUGUUUAUAGUAUAAAUCACACUUUUUACACCAACGCUGAAUGGAAUGUGUCAGUUUAUUGUAGGGAGAUGGAUAUAUGUUCUAAUGUUCCCAGAAGCCUUUAAUUUUAGAGAGAUUAUUAUUUUUAUUAUUAUUGUUGUUGUAAGUGCUGCAGAAAUAUUUGUAUUGAUCCACCCUAGAAGGCUAUUAAAUUUAGUAGAAAAUUAAUUUUGUAACAAAAAUAAUGGCCCUUAGUGCUCUGGGUUCUUAAGGUUGGGUCAGUUGAAACUUGGGUGACUUGUUUGCACAAUAGGAGGUCCUUCCAUUCCAAGAGUACCCUAAUAUCUCUUCCACUCCAAAAUAUAAACUUUUUGCAAGUCACAGGGGUGAUAUUUUUAAAAAUCUAUGUAAAGUCCACACCUUACAUUUUGGGUGAUACUGUCAAUAAAGAGUCAUUCUGACUGUACUCAAAACAUAACAUAUCUUAAAGAACUGAAACCUUUGGCAGCCACUGUCAUCCAUGCCAGAGUGAUAACUUUAAUAUUUUUUCUGAAAACCUAUACUUGGAUGUGUAUAUAAUUGAGUAAAGAAGCAUUCGAUUAUUCAUGAUCAGAAAUACAUUGUAGCCUCAUACUGAAAUCUUUCAACUUUGGCCCUGUCUGGAAACAAAUCGUGCAUAAGUAAAGUUAUAAUUAAUGGUGCAUAUGUUUUCUGGUGUAGAAGUUUUAUACAAGUGCAAAUCCAUUAUGUGAAUAUGUUUUCUGUUAAAUGUUGGUUAAAUUAACUAAAAACACAGAUUAUUAAGAUAAUGUGAUAAUGUAAUAAUUAAGACAAAAUGUCAUCAACCCGAGGUAGGAUGACAGAUGUCUUUUUCCUCAGCUGCUCCCUUCCCCUUCAUUGGUUUUCUUUGGAAUCAUUAUUAGUAGUAUAUGGUCUGCAUUUGGUGAGGAAAGGAGAGGAGAGGCAGUCAUGUGAAUUGGAAGAUGAGGAAGUGGCUUGACACUUGACCAGUAAGAUGCCCCUGAGGUUUUUGGAGGAACUGUAUAGAAGAGAAAUUGGAUCAGGUGGAAAAUAAGGGAGAACAGUUUGCGAAACAUGAGGAAUGAAGCCUACUUAUCAUAUCUCUAGCCCCAUGGAGAGAAAACUUUACAAAGAUAAAAAUGUCUAAUUGUGAAGAAUAAUUAAUAUCUGAUCUCUUUAAGAUUCAAGUGGGAGCACCAGAGGUGUCUGUUGGAAAUUUAGUGUAGGUUUAGCAGCAUAAAUAAAAAGCUGCGAGCAAAAUGGCUGGCCAAAGGUAACCAUUACUUUGAGUUGGCAAGAAUGGUUACAAAAAUUUUUGGAAAGUUGCAUAAAAACACUCAAGGAAAAUUUGGGAUUUUUCUGAGAUAAUGACUGCCGAGGGUUGUAACCCUAUAUAUAUCCACCUGUGUGGCGUGUUUAGUACAAGCCUGUUGGGGUUUACCGUAAAAACAUAAAAGACUGUAAAUAUGAAGAUAAUGACCCCAAGGAAUAUUAAUCCUAGAUAACGAUCACUAAAUUUUGUUGGGCGGGUCGAACACUUGUGAUCAGUUAUCUUUCUCUUAGCUACCAAGCUGGUGCAGCUGGGAAAGGUUUUCACAUAGUUAGGUCACAUAUGAUGAAUGGGUUCUCCAGACUUAAAACUGGGACAUAUGUUGCUUCAUUUUUUUCAGGGUUCAGGUAAAUGCUUUUUCCUAAUUAUUCUUCAGUUAAUAUUCAGUCUGAGGUAAUAUCCUCUUUUAUUUGCUCCCCCUCUGUUGCAAGUUGUAGGGCAUUAUCAUUUAUCAUUCUUAAGAGUGCUUCAUCAAAGUAUUUACCCUGCAUAGUAUUCACUUACGCUGAUGGCUGGGAGUGUGUACGGUAGUUUGGGAUUGUUGGGCAAGUUAGAAAGCACAGAUAAGGAUGCUGUUUAUUUGUUGGAAGUACAGGGUGAAAACUUAAUAUUGGCACCAAGCAUAGCUUAUCUAGGAAGAAUAUUUUUUAGAGACAACUUUGAGGUGGGCAAUCCAAUAUCAUAAUCUAGCCCAAGCAGUAAAGAGUAGAUGGGAAUAAGAAGAGCAGAUAAACAUUAGGGGGCUAAAUCCUUAAGGGAAUGGUAUAUCCAUCACUUGGAUUUCACAGGCUUUCAAAAGGCUUCCGUUCAUUUCGGUUACCUUUCUCUUUCAUUUGUAGCAAAUUCAGUAAGAAAAUCUUUGCCUUACAAAGUAUGCAAUUAGACUCAUAGACUGACUGACUCAUUCUCUUCACAUUGUGUGGUAGUGGAAGUUUAUUUGAUAGACAUUGUGAAUAUUGUAUAUUUUGAGACAUUCUCGAGUAGCCAGUCAGCCACUGGAUGUUCACCCAAGUGUCGAGAGGUAGAGGAAAUCAGCCGUGUAUGUUCAGCACUAUUGAUCUGCAUAUGCUUCAGUGAGUAGAUGUCCGGUUAACUUGUUUAGACGUAAGUGUGUCCUUUUAAGAAUCUGUCUGGGUAGCCAAACCCUUUAACCACUUCAUGUAUAUGUAUAUUAAGGUUUGCUUCAUCUUCUGUAGUUGAGUAGAGUUAGUUGCUGCUAUUCCAUGAAUUUCUAGUGUAAUCAUCUUGCAGUGAGUAUCUGAAAAGUAUUUAGCUUAGUAAUACUGGUGGUAUACAUACUUAAUACCUGUACGCUGUAUUGUGCGGCAUAAACUACGCAAUUGUAUUUGCCAACUUGUAGAUGUAAGUUGCCAUAACAAUGAAGAUAUUUUUCCAUGUGUUCGAAAACAUGUUACCCCAAAGAGUAUAGACUUAUAUGUAUAUAGAUAUAUAUAUAUAUUAUAUAUAUAAUUUUCAUCCAACUAACAGGAUGAUUUGUUGACAGUUGAGUGGGUUUGUAUGUUAGUACCUUGUCAUAGAGCGUAAAGUGCUACGAGGGUCAUUUUUGUCUAGUGUGUCCAUACCUGUCCUUUGUGUCGAGGAAUCAUAUAUGCUUUUGAUACUCACUUCAUGGUGAAAUUAUUAAUGAAACUAUGUGUAUAAGUGGGCUUUGUUUUGAGAAGAAAUGUAGAGAAGUGCACAAAUAUAUCAUAGCAAAUGUCAUUUCAUAGCUGAUAAGAUUAAAGAUAAAAUACCAGUCAUGAGGAGGAAUGUGUCGGCGUUUGUGUAUUAUAGCCAUAUUUUUCAUAGGGAUUCAAAUUGCUCCAGAUGUUAGUCUAGUUUUUAAAAAAAGUGGUGAUACUGAGAGAAGAAGCAAUCCCAAAACAAAGACCCAGUAUGUUUGAGUCUCCAUUGAUGUUUGAUUACCUUGAAGGGGGAACCCAAGUCUCAGGGAGAAAAAAAAAGAAGGGAUAUUCAACACUAUCCAUUCAUGCAUGUGCUGUAAGGCGUGAGCCUUGUUGCUUCGGCUGCCUGUGGGUACGUUGUCUUGUGAUAGCAAAGAGUCUACUGAAAAUAAUUCAUCCCAAAGAGAGCAAAUGAUAUCUCCUUCCUUUGUUCGUUGUUGAUAUAUUUUUAUGUUCAUCAUCUGAGAUGUUUAAUGAUGUUUGAUAUUAUUGACAGCCUUCAUUAUUAUUUUUAUAUCCAGAUUGUUGCACAUCCUUGAUCUUUCUAUCCUCUUUGUGUACAUAUACUGUGUUCUGGUAUGAUGCAGCAAAAGUGCUUUUGGCAUUAGUAACGAGGAAAACAGUAGGAAGCCUUGAUCUGUGAAUUUGUGUGGUUUUAAGAAAUAAAUAGUGGAGGGUGCAAACUCCCAGAAGUAAACAAAAAUUGUGCAAAUUGUGAUCUGUUUAACGCCUGAAUGAUAAGGUAACUUGUUUGUUAUGUCUUAGUCAGUAUUGGAGAUAAAUGAUGAAAGUAGAAACUUUUCUUUUUAAUUCAUGUGCAAAAUAUCACUGGUGUUCAUCCUGACUUUACAAAUCUUAGUUUUGUUGCUUAGUGAGGUGAACUGAUACUUUGUGUAGUAGAUUCUGAAUGUGUAAAAUGGAUAUUGUGUUCAAGCGCAAAAGAUUAUGGUAGUGUUCCUUUUGACAUCUGUUUACAGGUUUUGCUGUUGCUGCCCAUAGCAUUCACUGACGACACAUUUUAGUUGUACAGUAGAUAGGAGUUGAAGUGACUGUAUCGUAAGUCUCCCUGAAAUAAUUUCCCACUUAGUCCCUCUUCAAGUUCUUAUCUGUGAUACUUUGGGAUUGUUAAUAAGGAAUAUUUUUUUAAUUCAUGUUUUCAAAUGAUGAAUACUAGUUGGUUUGUUAGAAUGAUUAUGGAGAGUCAAUCAUGAAAAUAUUAAUAAACAUGUUUUGUGUA